GGAGGGGCGGAGAGGACUAGGGGUGGGUGCCGAUCACGUGACACCAAAUCAAAAACACAAGUUGUGGUUUUCUAUGUAGAAGAAGACUGGUUGCUCUUAUGCUUCCGUUUCCACACACACAACAUUAAAUUGAACUUUACGGUAAUGGAGGUGGAGACGAAGAAAGAGCGCGAAAUGAAGGAAAGGAUUAUAGAGACGAUCAAGAGUUGCCAACAACGACAAGAGCCUCCUCUGGUGUGUGCAAUGGAAGUUGCUAAAUGCCUCAUCUCUUUGGGGAUUACAAUGCCUAGUCCUGAUUUAGGGGAAGUUAUGGUUUCCUAUCUCUGCUUCAACAAUAAUCAUCCUUCUGUAUGGAAGUUUCUCCAACAAGCUCUCUCUUCUCACCUUCUCUGUCCUAUCCACGUCCUCUCUCUCCUUUCUGCUCGAGUUAUACCUAAUCGACGGUCUCAACCGGAGGCUUAUAGACUCUACCUUGAAUUGGUCAGCCGUUAUGCAUUUUCACUUGAUUCAAUUGGCGAAGAAGCUUGCAAAGAGAAGAUGAUAAAAUCGAUUGAUGUUGCUCUUCAGCUAUCUCAUACCUAUAGAGUUCAGUUUAUCGAGCUAGGACAUGUUCUGGUGUUGUUCUUUUUUAGCAUUGUUGUUGGGUUGAUUGACUGCACAUUCAGUGACUGGGGUUUAUUAGUGAAGUCUCCAGAUUUAUCAAGUGGGCUAUUUGGAAAUGCUGAUAACCAGGAUAUGGACAUUGAUUCUAGAGGGAAUUGCAGCGUUGGAAGAUAUGAGCAUCGUGAACUUUUAAGGAAAAAAAAUUCUUUUUUUGCCUUAGAGGUGGUGGCCAAACUAAUUGAAAGUAGAAAAGCCUUGGUUAUACUCCGCAUUGUUCACUUGAACAUGCCUGAAAUAUUCAAUGGCCUCCUGCAGAGGCUAUUGUUUUAUAAAGCCCACAAAUUAGUAUCCUCUAAUAUGGAACCUGCCAACCAGCUUUUGGAAAGAUUGUCUGCCAAUAUUCAGAGAGUUUAUGAUUUUGAAUACCAGUUAAGCAGGCACCAGAUCUUUCGAAUGCUCAUUGAUAUUAAAGCGUGCAAGCCUGUGUCUUUUUGCAAUUCGGAAUCUGGGAAAUCUGGUUGUUGGGUUCCCUUUGACAUUUACAUGGAGAAUGUAAUGGAUGGGAAACAGCUUCAUAUUAGAUCAUCUAUUGCUAUACUUACAGAAAUAAUUAAGACACUCCAAGUGUGUAACUGUGCAAGGUGGCAAGAAACAUUCCUUGCACUUUGGCUUUCAGCCCUUCGGCUUGUCCAACGAGAACGUGACCCUGUGGAAGGCCCUAUUCCACAUCUUGAGUCUCGUCUUUGUGUCCUUUUAACUAUCGUUCCCUUGGCAAUUGCUAAUAUUUUGGAGGAUGAGGCUGGGCUCUCUUUCUCUUCUCUUCAGGGAGCUGGAACAUCUAGACAUAUGGAGACAAGGUUCAAAAAUCGGACAGAGGUGAAUAGUCAAAAUUUGAGGAAACAAGAACUUGUUUCAUCUCUCCAGGUCCUUGGAGACUUCUCUGGUCUUUUAUGCCCUCCUGCAUCUGUUAUUGGUGCAGCUAACCUUGCUGCUGCAAAGGCAGCAACUUUUAUUUCGAAUUCCAACAAUGCAAAGAAUGGUUUAGGUGAUGGUAGUCAUGCUGAUCCUCCUAUCAAUGCAGGUGGAAACAUGAGGCACCUCAUUGUAGAAGCUUGCAUUGCAAGAAAUUUAAUUGAUGUAUCAGUGUAUUAUUGGCCUGGCUAUGUGUCUGCUUCAGUUCUCUCAAUGUCAGAUUUACCACCAAUUCAAAAAUCUCCUUGGUUAACCUUUAUGGAAGGAGCGCCAUUGACUAAUACUCUUAUAAAUCUGCUUCUCAUUACUCCUGCUCCAAGUUUAGCAGAGAUAGAGAAGUUAUAUCAUAUUGCAUUAAAUGGGUCAGGAGAGGAGAAGUCAGCAGCUGCAAAAAUUCUCUGUGGUGCAUCCCUAACCCGUGGAUGGAAUAUUCAGGAACAUGUGGUGCACCAUGUGGUGAAGCUUCUUUCUCCUCCUCUGCCUUCAGCCCCCAGUGGACAAGGGAGUCACUUGGUUGAUUAUGUGCCCAUGCUAAGCGCAAUUCUAUUUGGGGCUUCAUCAGUUGAUAAUGUCCAUAUACUUUCUUUGCAUGGUGUUAUUCCUGAAGUUGCGGCUGCUUUAAUGCCUCUCUGUGAGACAUUUGGGUCACUUAUGCCUAUAUCAAAUAAUGUAUCAAGCUCAGGUGAUGAGCCCUCGAUUUACAUGGUUUUUUCUGCAGCUUUUCUCUUUCUUCUUCGUCUGUGGAAAUUCUACAGACCUCCUCUUGAUCAAUGUAUGGGAGGAGGAGCUUUGGGAACUGAGCUUACUUUAGAGUAUCUUUUGUUGUUGCGUAAUGGCCGCAUUGAACCACAUAAUUCUGCUGCUACACGUGAAAUCAAUGGUGAUGCAGUCCAGUUUGAACCCACAGCUGUUAAACCUGUAUAUAUUGACUUUUAUCCCAAAUUACGAGCUUGGUAUUGUCAAAACAAGUCAUGCAUAGCUUCAACAGUUGCUGGGCUUUCUACUGGAAAUCCUGUUCAUCAGGUUGCUAACAAAAUUUUAAGCAUGAUUUACUCAAAAAUGACUAGAAAUGAGGCCUCUUCUGGGAAUUCCUCAUCAGUAUCAACCUCUUCAAGCACUGGAGGAGAUCCUUACCAGAAACCCAUGCAUCCUGCAUGGGAAGUGUUGGAGGCUAUACCUUUUGUGCUUGAGGCCAUUUUAACAGCCUGUGCUCAUGGAAGGCUUUCAUCUCGUGAUUUGACAACUGGCCUGAGGGACCUCAUUGACUUUCUUCCGGCAUCUCUUGGAGUUAUUAUCAGUUACUUCGCUGCAGAAGUUACUCGGGGUACGUGGAAACCAGUACCGAUGAAUGGAACAGAUUGGCCUAGUCCAGCAGCCCUCCUUCCGUAUAUUGAGUCUGAAAUGAAAGAAAUACUUUCUGCUGCAGGAGUUAAUUAUCCAAGCUCUUUCUCUGGGCCUUUGCCUGUCAUGCUUCCAUUGCCAAUGGCAGCUCUUGUUAGCUUAACUAUUACUUUCAAACUCCACAAGGGCCUUGAUCACAUUCAUGCUGUGGUUGGUCCAGCCUUGGAGAACUGUGCAUCAGGUUGCCCUUGGCCCAGUGCUCCUACAAUUGGGUGUCUGUGGGCCCAAAAGGUCCGUCGCUGGCAUGAUUACAUAGUUGUAUCAUGUGCUCGCUCUGUAUUCAGGCAAAAUAAAGAAGCAGUUGCACAGCUCCUGCGAAGUUCCUUCUCAUCAUUCCUGGGAUCAGUUGACAUUUCAACAUCUUUGUUAACAAAUCGGAGUAGUGUAAGUGGUCUGCUGGGGAGCACUAUUGGGGUUCCUAGUGGUUCUGGAUCCCUAGCACCAGGGUUCCUUUACCUUCGCUGUUGUCGGACAAUUCAAGAUGUUCAAUAUGUAAAUGGCGUGAUCAUAAGUCUUGUUGGUGAGCAUGCUAUGGGUUCAGCUGCCAGAUGGGCAAGCAAAAACUCCUCUCGCCUGAAGUCUAGCCAAGCAUCUUUAUCCCUUGCUGCUACAACGGCAAGGGAGGCAGCCAUGCUGGGAGCAAGCCUCAUUUGCGUUACAGGUGGGGUGAAUCUGGUCCAAGAGCUUUACCUGGAGACUAUUCCAACCUGGUUGCUCUCAUCAAGAGAAGUGAAACAUGGCAAGUUGAGUGUUGUUUCCCGUAUAGUGGAAGGAUAUGCAAUGGCAUACAUGUUGAUCCUGUCAGGAUCAUUUGUAUGGAGCGCUGGGGCAAGAUCUCCACCAUGGGCGAUGUCUAGAAGGGCCUCUACUAUCAGUGCCCACAUGGACUUUUUGGCAGGAGCUCUGGAGGGGAACAUAUCACUUGGCUGUCAUCCAGCCACUUGGAAAGCUUAUGUCUCUUGCUUAUUGUGUUUAAUGGUGAGCUUUACUCCAGCCUGGAUUCAAGAAGUAAGGCUGGAAACUCUGAAGAAAUUGGCCAGUGGAUUAAGAGGAUGGCAUGAAUGUGAAUUGGCUCUCUCUUUGCUCGAAAGAGGUGGUGUUGCAGCCAUUGGCUCUGUUGCUGAACUGGUCAAUGUACUCAGUUGAGGUUUGAGCUAAAAGCAGAGUGUUCACCAUCUUUCCAUCCUCAAGUUCUUUUGAAUGAAAUUGGCGAAAUUGAAUUUUGAUCAUAAUGACGACUUAGUUCUCGCUCUUGUAGAGUUAGCUUUGCAGAUUUUGCUGCUAGAAAGGGGACAAGAGGUUCUUGGUGCAGGUAAGCAAUUUUUGAAUCUUUCACCAUGUCCAUCCUGAUCACAUAAUCCUCUUUUGUUAUUCAGAAAGGAGAAUUAAGAAACAUUACAGACAUAUGGUCCGAUCUUAGACAGAGGGUAGGGAGUAGGAACACAUAUCUUUAUCCUGGCCAUAGCUGUCUUCUCUCGAAAGGAAAAUUAAUUUGUUGACCAUUUGUUGGGGUGCAGGAGCAUGUGCCAAGAACAAUGAAAAGAUGCAGAAUAGAAAAAGAGAGAGAAAAAAAAAAAAACGUAAAAGCAUCAAAAGGAGUUAGUUAGAUUAUGCGAAAUGGGCGAAGAGCCUUGUUCCAGUAAAUAAUUAAUCAUGUUCUGACAGUUGAUUAUUUGUUCCUUUUGCAAUCUUUUCUGCCAACUUCUAUUUUUCUUUCCAAUCUGCAAGUAAAAAGAAAAUGUGAGCCUUGCGAGAAAAUGAAUCUCCUCACAUUUGAUGGCGA